AUGUCCAGCGAACAACCUGCCGAGGACAGCGGCGAGUCCGCUCCAACUCUUACCAAGAUCCCGAAUUAUCCAGAGGCUUUCAUUACUCGAGGCGAGGCGCAGGUUGAGAGUCUCAAACAGGCAAGCAGACCUUCCGCGAUGAUGUUGGGCAAUAUCCUAAUGAUGGCACAGACGCAAAUCGCACUCUCAAAGCUAAACUCUGGAGUUGGUGCGCAAGCUGCCAGAGAAGUCAGCGACAGUCGACUGCGGGUUCAAACAAGUCUCAAGCAUCUCAAAGAUAUCGUGGCGACAGUGUCGAAGGAGAGCCAAGACAUGUUCGCGCUCAGUCAAGCUGACAUCGAUCGAGCAAACGCAGGGGCUCGGGAGUUCGUAGCCUCCUGCGAUGUUGACGUCAACAACAAGGUCGCGGACGAGCCGGAGAAGCGCCUGGUGGUAUAUGCUGAGCUAUUGAAGUUCAGCGCAGUCAUGUUUGAGAUGAAUGUCGCUAGAUUCAUCGCACGUGUGCGUAAGUAG